CAGGACUGUUGAUACCCCCAUGUUAUAAGUAUUUGCUGCCGUCGGUGCCUUUUAUUUUCCCACACGCUUUCGCUACUCGUCAUCUGGUUUGCCAUUCUUUGUCUUGGCAGACUGUCCAUUCGCUUUUCUAAUCAUCUCUAUCGCUUAAUCUACUUAGUACUAUAAUAUCUCCUAGCAUCAUGCGCUUCUCCGACGUUGCUACCGCCGCCUUGGUGGCUCCUCUUGUCGCCGCUCAUGGAGGAGUUCCAGGUGCCCCCAAGCUUUUUGGUCUUCCUCGCCACCUCCAGGACGAUUUCAAGGCCCCUGUUGCUGCCCGCACUCUUCGACACUCUUCUGAGCCCCGACAUGGGCUUUUGGAGACCCGUCAAGGCGGCCAGAACGGUCGCUGCGGACCCGGCUUUGGAAACGCAAAGUGUGCUGCCGGCUACUGCUGCUCUGGUGCUGGAUAUUGUGGAACCAGCAAGGACCAUUGCUCAGCACCUGAUUGCUUGAUUGAUUUCGGCCCGGCUUGCGAUGCCAACAAGACUCCUGGUGGCGCCUCUACCCGCAACGAUGCUCGUCCUCAGAAGGGCAAUGUCCCUUACGGCGGCGAGGGCAUCUAUGUUUGCCAGAAGCCAGGAACUGUCGCCAUUACUUAUGACGAUGGCCCUUACAUCUACACGGACCGUGUCCUAGACCAAUUUAACAAAUACGGUUUCAAGGCCACCUUCUUCGUUACCGGUAUCAACAUCGGAAAGGGAGCUAUUGACACUACCGCUCAGUGGGCCAACGUCAUCAAGCGCAUGGUCGCUGAGGGCCACCAAGUCGCAUCUCACACUUGGUCGCACCAAGAUCUUAGCGUCAUCACUGAGGAGCAGCGCUAUGAUCAGAUGGUCAAGAACGAAAUGGCCAUCAGGAACAUCAUCGGAAAGUACCCCACGUACAUGCGCCCCCCUUACUCAUCCUGCAAUGCCGCCUGCCAGGGUGUGAUGAAGAAGCUCGGAUACGUCGUCAGCUACUUUGACUUGGACACCGAUGACUACAACCAACUCAAGAACAUUCAAGUCGCAAAGGACAACUUCAAGCGCAUCCUCGACUCCACUGCCGGCGGCCCAGCCACUGGUGACCGUCUGGCCAUUGCCCACGACAUCCACGAGCAGACCGCACUCAACCUCACUGGCUACAUGCUCGAGUACCUCAAGUCCAAAGGCUACCGUGGUGUCACCAUGGGCGAGUGCAUGGGCGAGCCCGAAGCAAACUGGUACCGCAAGAGUGGCGAGGUCGUCAACCCCCCUUCCAACGGCGGCGGCAACGGCGGCACCCCCGUCUCCACCGACGGCCAAUGCGGCUCUGGUAAGGGAACCUGUGCCGGCUCUCCCUUUGGCAACUGCUGCUCUUCCUUCGGAUGGUGCGGUAGCACCGAAGGCCACUGCAAGGCUGGCUGCAACUCUGCCUUUGGCACUUGCACUGGCGGCAGCACCUCCCCCUCCAAGCCCAUCUCUACCGAUGGCCAGUGCGGAGCAAAGGCUUCCGGCGCUACCUGCCAAGGCUCGCCUUUCGGUAACUGCUGCUCACAGUUUGGAUGGUGCGGUAGCUCGCAGGGCCACUGUGGUGCCGGCUGUGACAAGACAUCUGGUACUUGCAGUUAAAGUCGGGAUAUGAAUUCGGAUAUAUAUGUCUGUCAUUUGUCCCUGCUUUAUUUUUUGUAAAUACCACGAUCUACGUAUGAGCCCCGUUGCUGUAAUUGUUGCGUUAUAUCAAGAAUCAAAAGUAUGCUUAUCUUACUCUCUCUUUCUCACUGUGUGUGUCUGUAUCUUGAUCUUUGUUGUUGUUGAGUGGUCAUAUUGCUUUCUGGCUGUGAUGCACGAGCCUUUUCUUCAUCGCUAUUGUUGAUGCUGAAUGUAUGGCAGCCUCGUUUGUUGAUGCAAAGUAAGUCCGUGUGAGAUGGUCAGAACGUACUGGCUUGUUGGAGGAAAUUUCAAGUGCGAAGAAUGAACCACUAGCCUAGUCUAUAUAUACACUUUUGUCGUUCUCGGU